AUGCUCUUUCUGGGGUUCUUCGCUGCUGUCGCGGCGACGGCUCACUCCGCCUGUCGCGAUAAGUCGCCCAUCAAUAUUCCGUUCACCAAGAAGUUUAAUGCCACGGGAGGCGCCACGUUGAAGCAGAUGGACCGGGCAAGGAUCGCACAUUUCAAGGCUGGGUGCGGUAGCGGAACUGCUUGCGACGUCAAGACUGCCGUGAGCACGCUGUUCGAUGUCGACGCCACGAACGGAACCGUGCAGUACACUGCCAGCAUUGGCGUCGGGGAUCCUGCGACUGAUUAUACUUUGAUCAUUGACACUGGUAGCUCCAACACUUGGGUUGGUGCGGCAUCUCAAGACACCGGCGAAAGUGUCUCCGUCACGUAUGGUUCCGGCUAUUUUGAUGGUGAGGAGUACCUUGAUGCAGUGACCCUCGCGUCCGGAUACGCUAUUACUCAGCAAUCUAUUAGUGUUGCAUCAUAUGCUGAGGGAUUCUCUGGUGUUGUAGGUAUCCUGAAUUUCUAUCUUGGUCCUGAAGACCUCACCUACGGUACCUUGAGCGAUGAAAAUGAAUGCAUUGCAACUGUCACUCAAAAUGCGUACUCGCAGGAUCUCAUUGACGUCGAGGAGAUCGGCGUCUCCUUUGAACCUACCACCUCCGACUCGGAUACCAAGGGAGUCAUUACCUUUGGUGGCGUUGACUCGAGUCUGUACACUGAAGAAGACGUCACUUCAAGCUCUCCGGCCAGCAAGUACGUCGGCAUUGAACAGUCGAUCCAGUACGGAACCGAGUCAAUCAUGUCCUCCGUUGCUGGAAUCGCUGACAUUGGCACUACCCUGAUCCAUCUCCCGAGCUUUGCCUACAACAAGUAUGUCGACUACAACGGCGCUACUUACGACGACAAUAUCGGUCUGUUGAAGAUCAGCUCGUCUGACUAUGAGAGCUUUGACAGUGUAUACCUUACGUCUUUUGAAUUCACGGUGAACGCUCAGAUCUGGCCUCGCUCUCUUAACACCUACAUUGAUGGCGAUUCUGCCAGCUCAAUCUAUGUCGUCAUCAACGACAUGGGCGAUGAUGCCGAAAAAGCGGCUCGACCUCAUCUAUGGCAUGGCCUUCCUUGA